AUGCUAUUGCUCACUUUGAUGGCAUGUGUACAAGACAGUUUCAACUGGUGCAUGGUGUAUCAAGUUUCACGUUUGUUCAGCAUCAUUCGUAUGAAGGCCAGUAGAUUGGACGAAUUAUUGGAGAGCGAAAUUUUUGGUGAGAAAUUGGAGGAGAUCGUGAGGAUGCAGGAUGUUGCGUACAGAAGUGCCAAACAGUUGAAGAAAGUUCUCAGCCCAUUGUUGCUACUACUUUAUGGGACUUGUGUUGUCUCACUUUGUAUGACAAUGAUGGUUCUAACAAUAGCGAGAGGAGAUCGGCAACUACUAACCAAUAUGAUCAUUUUAGUUUGGUACAUAUUUUUCCAAAUAUUCUCCUACUCGAUGCUGGGCACAGAGCUGAUGAAUGCGAGUACAUCCGUUGCGGACGCUGUGUAUAGAAUCUGUUGGUACAAACGCCGAAUCGCCGAGCAGCGUUUGUUAUUGAUCGUUAUGAUGCGAUCGCAACGCGGAGCGAGUUUAACGGCGACUGAUUUUUUCAUCGUUAACAGAGCGAGCUUUGGUAUGGCGCUUCGUUCGGCAUUUUCGUACUUCACUGUUCUAAGACAGUUCUAUGCGUCAAAGUGA